CAUUCAAUAUGCAAACACACAGAGAGAGCUCAGAGAAUGGUGUCCCCUGGUGGACAGUGUAGCCAGUGAUUAUGAAGAGUCGAAAUACGAAUGUGUUUCAAGUAGGAGACGAGUGGACGCGGACAUUGGCAUAGUAGAGGACGAGUAGGACACGAAUCAGACAAGUGAAAACUAUUUCAGUGAGAGCCAGGCAGAGUUGAGGCUACACCAUGGAGUUCAGCAGGAUAGAGUUCUUCCAGGAGCUAGGGGAGAGCUGUGUGCUCCCUACGGCACAGCAGGGAGUGGAACAGGUCUGGCAGCUACUGCUCCUCUGCCUGCUCUGUCGACUCCUCUGUAGGCUGGUAGGUCUCUCGUCCUCUGUGAAACACUUGGGCUCAGUGUCAGCGGGUCUAUAUGCCCUCUACCUGUUCUUUGAGCAGUCCAUGGUGUGGGUGUUAAUGCUCAGUAUGCUCUGCUACACUGUCCUGUUCCUCAACCGCCACUCCAGUAGCCGAGGAAUCUUCCUCUCUGCCACUAUCCUCAUCUAUCUACUCAUGGGAGAGCUGCAUAUGAUUGACACAGUGACCUGGCAUAAAAUGAGAGGUUCUCAGAUGGUGGUGGCCAUGAAGGCCAUUUCUCUGGCCUUUGACCUGGACAGAGGCACUGUGCUCGCUGUGCCCAACCCUCUGGAGUUCACAGGCUACAUUCUCUUUGUGGGCACUGUCAUCUUUGGACCCUGGAUUAGCUACUCAAGCUACAAAGAGGCAAUUGAGAGCCGUAAACUAAGUUGGUCCUGGCUCCAGAAGUUUUCAGUCAGCUGGGUGAAAUGCCAGGUAUGCUUGGUGAUAUCCAACUGCAUCGCCCCAUACCUCUUUCCUUACUUCAUUCCAAUCCACGGGAGCAGAGGACUGCGCACGUGGCUCCAUGCGUAUGAGAAUGCUGUAUCCUUCCACUUCAGUAACUACUUUGUGGGCCACCUCAGCGAAAGUACUACUGUGCUGGCAGGAGCAGGUUUCACUGAAGACAAAGACAAUAUCAAAUGGGAUCUGAAAGUGGUUAAGCCUCUGAAUGUGGAGUUGCCCAGGUCCAUGGUGCUGGUGGUGACCUCCUGGAACAUCCCCAUGUCUCGCUGGCUCAACAUAUAUGUUUUCAAAAGUGCUUUGAAACUUGGCACAUUUUCUUCCAUCAUUGUGACUUACACAGCCAGUGCCCUGCUACAUGGCCUCAGCUUCCAUCUUGGGGCCGUGCUGCUGUCUCUGGGCUUCAUCACCUACGUGGAACAUGUUCUGAGGAAGAGGCUGGCAGCCAUCUUUAGUGCCUGUAUCCUGUCCAAACAGUGUCCCAACAAUUGCCAUCAUCAGCAGAAGAAGGAGCUGUGGGUGUAUGGCAUCAACCUGGCCUUCAGUGCCAUGGCCAUCUUCCACCUGACAUACCUGGGCUCCCUGUUUGACGCUGAAGUAGACAACUUGGCUGCAGAGGAGGGUUAUGUGGCCAACCACACCAUUCAGAAGUGGUCAGAGUUGAACUGGGCCAGCCACUGGCUGGUGUUCGGCAGCUGGCUCUUCUACCGCCUCAUUCAGUAAUCUCAUUGGGCGAAAGUCUGUACUGAACAGAAGACAAAAGCCUGGUCCAAAAAGAACAGAAGACAAAAGCCUGGUCCAAAAAGAACCCUUAGUUCACAGGUGGGCCAUCUUACCUAGCAAGGUCUGGUGUGGGUAAAGACUUAGUGGACACGGAGUAGCAAAGUGUAGAGCCAGGACAAUUGUCCCA